AUGGAGCCCCGAUCCCUCAUCCAAUCCUGGACCACAACCCCUCUCCCCGGUAUCGUUCUCUCUGCCAGCGGUCUCCUCGCCCUCGCCGAUCUCCGCACCAUAUCCCGUCGAACUGCCCUUGUAGGAGGCGCCUCAUGGGUUGACGCCCUUGUUCUCGCUCCAGGUUUGCAUUACCAGCAAGCCUGCGACGACUUUGAGCGAGAAGCCCCUAUUGGUCUAGUCGCCCUACCCGUCGAGGCUUUCAACGGCGUGCGUUAUGCAGUCAAGAAUAGUAUAACGGCAAGCUAUCUUGUGGCUCUUUGCAGCCAGAGUCCAGAAGGUAUUGUGACGUUGGACGUUGGGCUAGACAUACCUUGGAGAGUAGCAAAAGUUUUCAAAAAGCUGUUCAAGAAACGGAAGGUUGGAGAUGAAGAGGAUGAGAACGAAGACAAUGAUGACUGGGACGCCCUCCCCGAUGUCGACUGGUUAAGCCAUCUCCUCUACCUCGUCAGUCCCCUCCUCACAGUGUCUUCCCUCACAUUCAUGAUCCUCUUUGAGGACUGGUGGGGUCUCGCCAUCCUCCUGACGCUCAUAACCUCGCGAAUCCUUAACGUCUGGGCCAUCAAACACCGCACCCAAUCACCAGGCCACACUCCUCACGACCACCGCGUCACCGAGUACAUCGUCGAUCUCGGCGGCGGCCACGCCGUGCGUCUUCGAGGCCCAGACGCAGACCUCCAGGCCCUCGUGACACAUGCCUGGCUGCGUGCUCAGUCGCACAUCGACGGGUAUCUCGAGGCGAUAGCCAAGCUGCUGGUGUACCUCACUGCCGCGCUGGGAGGAAACAUGACCCAGGCUGGGUCUAUUGUGCUUGUUGGACUAUUGCUUAUAAGCGCUGCCCUGUUGGGUUUGAGUAAUGCCCAUGCUAGAGGCAUUCGCGUGCAUGGCCGCUAUGCAUUACCCGAGACGGAAAAGACAAAGAAGAGAAACACCAGUUCAGGGACAAGUCGUGGGAGUAGCACAGCCAUGAGGGAGGCAAGCAUGGCAUCUGUCCCACGGAACCGAGUUGCUGGAGCACCAUAG